CGCGGGAUAUCGGUGAAGAGGCAAUAUCCCGAGCAGAAGCAGUUGGAUACAAUUUCAGACGGUGUAGAGGGGUAACAACAACAGAUCACCCCCCAAUCCUAGUGGGUUGAUUGCGCUCAUAGUAGGCUGCGCAGGUCUGGCACGGGGCGGGUUAUGUGUCACUCACUUCACGCCUCCCUGAAUAGAUCGAAUCGAAGGGCUGAGGACGCGCGUGUUCAAGCAGAAGGAGAAACCCACAUCACAACACCGUUAUACUCAUAUCUCCGAACCAACCACAGACCGAAUGUGGAAGGGAAGAACUUGAUGCCAAGAACCGUAAAUGAACCACGGAUUAUCAUUUCAAUUUGAAUCCGAAAUAGAGUGUACUGAAUCGCCGGCCAAUAGACAGAUUUGGGUGAAAGGUGUAUGGACGUGGUGCUAAAGAGGAAUUGACGGGAAAACCCGCGGUCAGCACACCAAUUUGUUGGAGGGGAGAAUAUAGGACUGCCUACAGAGCAGAAGCGGACUGGAGAGAGUGAGAGAGAUAGAGAGAGAGGGAGGACGGAGUGCAGUGAAGUGAGUAGAUUGUGGUUUCUCCCGUUGCUGUCAUGUUCGCUGGCUGUUCAAAGAGGGAUUAAAAUGACGCAUGUUUUGCAGAGCUCCAAACUGUCAUACACGUUGAUGCAGUCAGUCACGAGAUGUGCAGCAGGGGGAGCUGAGCCUCGACCCGGGCAGUGAACAGUGUAAAGGUGCGCAGCAGUGACAGGGAAUCCGUCUGGAUUUAACGCACGAUAUUUUGUGAACAGCGGGGAUAUUAAAGUUGCAUUCGUGUCUUUUAUUUAUUUAGAUUAUUCCUAAUUUAUUCAUCACAAAAGGGGGUUCGUUGGGGAAACGCACCAUUGAACAAAGGAUUUAGGAGAAACGACAACUGUAACCCAAUUCUGCCAUUCUGAGUGCGUCUCCCUUCUGGCGUAUCAAAUCGGGACAGUUUCCAGAAGAGAAAAGAUACGGUUGAAUACAGAGUGUUCUCUGUCUGGUUCCUAACCCGGGAGAGGUUUGAACACAGUUUUAUCACCUACCUAACCCAGGAGAGAGUUGAAUAAUUCGGUCGGGGGCGCAGAGCUGAUCCACAGCCGUGGGAAUGUGGGUGGAAAGUGUAAACGCAAACGAAGCAGGAGGGCUUCAACUCUAAAAUGUGACUUUUUCCAAUACAUCCCCGCUAUACAAGUAACACGUGCAUUCUGCAAUCGUUUCCAUCGGAUUUGUUUACGUCGCACAAGAGAUGGCGUUCUUCCCUGUCCUCCUCCUCCUCCUCUCCGUGGUCCAGCGUGGUUCCUCCCAGGACCCUGAUGAGGACACGUUGGCAGUGCCCCGGGGGUGUGGCUGGGGCCUGGUGCGCCCCUACACCCUCCUCUGCGACCUGGACUCUGUUUGGGGCGUGGCGGUCGAAUCUGCAGCGGCCGGCGGCGCCCUGGCUGCCAUUUUACUGGGCCUGAUCAUCCUCUGCAGACUACAUCAUGUGAGCGAGGCGGAGAAGCGCAGCGGCGUGGGACCCAUUCUCCUCCUGCUCCUGGGCAUCCUGGGCCUGUUCGGCCUCAGUUUCGCCUACCUCAUCGAGCGUGACGAACAGCUGUGUCUUCUGCGCCGUGCCCUCUGGGGCCUGCUCUUUGCCCUGUGCUUCUCCUGUCUGCUGGUGCAGGGUGUGCGGCUCCGGAGGUUGGGCAGCGAGCGCCGGAGCCCGGGGGGCUGCACUCUGACCGGCCUGGCACUGGGGCUGAGCGCCGUUCAAGGGAUCAUCGCCGCCGAGUGGCUCCUGCUCACGGUGCUCAGGGAGGGCAGAGCGGCCUGCCAGUACCUGCCUCUGGACUUCUCCUUAGCCUGUAGCUAUGUGCUUGCGCUACUGCUAGCCGCGCUGGGGGCGGCCUCCUUCGCUCUCUGUGGGAAGACCCGGCAGUGGCGCUGUAACGCGGUCUGGCUCCUCUCCGCCUGUCUGUUGUCCCUCCUCCUCUGGGUUGCCUGGGUGGGCUUCUAUCUCUACGGUAACGCCUGGCUGGGGCGGUCCCCGGACUGGGACGAUCCAGCAUUGGCGAUAGCACUGGUGGCACAGGGUUGGCUCCUCCUCCUGUUCCACGCCGUGCCCGAGGCACACUCCUGUCUCUGCUCCCCGCCACAACCCUCUGCCCCUGACUAUUUUGACACGUCCCAGGCUCCGUCCCGCAUGAGGGAGACCAGCUUCGACGAGGACAUCCCCCUCUCACACAGGCAGUUUCCAGAGAACCAGGGCUACGGCUUUGACGAAAACACUGCAGGUCUGAGGAGUGCAGGUCAUCAUAAUGGUAACACAGCGCCCAGACCCAGUGCCCCCUUCCGCAGCAACGUGUACCAGCCCACUGAGAUGACCAUGAUCCUGAAUGGGGGAGCGGUGAGUUCUCAUAUUGUCCCCUCCGCACCCCCGACCUAUACGGGGCGGCAGCUGUGGUGAAGGACAGAGAUGAAGAAGAAGAGGAAGGAAGAAUGGGGUGAUGAGAAGGGAUGA